AUAUUCCCUUCAAACCGAACCAUAUGAAAACCUGUGCUCGUUUGAAGCAAGUGAAACAGCCCAUGGUUCCAUAGUGUAAUCCUCACAGGGAAAAGAAAAAUGGCAGCCAUGAGCAUGACACGCUUGCAACUCCUUCACCCAUUAGUACCCAUCAUCAACAAACCACCUUCCCUCUUUCUAUCCAAACUCUCCCACUCACCCCUUUAUGCCCUCCGUCCUUCUCGCAAUUUCAGCAGCACUCGCUGCUCUACCUCAAAUCAAACUCAAACCCAGGAGAGUUGUGAUGGGUCAAUUGUAGGGGACCUUCUUGACUAUCUCAAUGAAUCUUGGACUCAGUUUCAUGCUACUGCGGAAGCAAAAAGGCAACUUAUUGAUGCUGGUUUUCAUUUGCUUAAUGAAAAUGAUGAAUGGGAUUUGAAGCCUGGUGGACGCUACUUCUUUACAAGAAACAUGUCUUGCUUGGUUGCUUUUGCUGUUGGGGAGAAGUAUACUGUUGGAAAUGGAUUCCAUGUGAUAGCUGCUCACACAGACAGUCCAUGCUUGAAGCUCAAACCAAAAUCUGCGUCCUCCAAAUCUAAUUACCUAAUGGUAAAUGUCCAGACAUAUGGAGGUGGUUUAUGGCAUACUUGGUUUGAUAGAGACUUGAGUGUUGCAGGAAGGGUAAUAGUGAGAGGUACUGAAGGUUCUUAUAUUCACAAGCUUGUCAAAGUAGAAAGACCUUUAUUACGGGUGCCAACGCUAGCCAUACAUCUUGACCGCACAGUGAAUACAGAUGGAUUCAAACCAAAUCUAGAGACUCAUCUCAUUCCAUUAUUUGCAACAAAACCGGAGGAAACAUCUAAUGAGUCAAAAGAUGAAAAUAGUGCAUCUUCUUCGGAAACUGUUCACCAUCCACUGCUUAUGCAGAUUUUAUCUGAAGAGCUGAGCUGCAACGCUGAUGACAUAGUGAGCAUUGAGUUAAAUGUUUGUGAUACCCAAGCUAGCUGCCUUGGAGGUGGAAACGAUGAGUUCAUUUUCUCUGGAAGAUUAGAUAACCUUGCUUCAAGCUUUUGUGCAUUACGAGCUCUUAUUGAUUCAUGCAAACUAUCCAAUGCUUUAUCAAGUGAACCUGCAAUACGGAUGGUUGCUUUUUUUGAUAAUGAAGAGGUCGGUUCAGGUUCGGUACAGGGAGCUGGUGCACCAACCAUGUUUCAGGCUAUGAGACGGAUAGUUGGAUGCUUAGCUCAUAACAAGGUAGGCGAAGGUGCUGUUGAGCGUGCGAUUCGGCAAUCUUUUCUUGUGUCUGCGGAUAUGGCUCAUGGAGUUCAUCCAAAUUUUGUGGACAAGCACGAAGAACACCAUCGGCCAGAAAUGCAAAAGGGACUUGUUAUCAAGCAUAAUGCAAAUCAGCGAUAUGCUACAAACGGAAUCACAGCUUUUCUCUUUAAAGAAGUUGGCAACAUCCUCAAGCUUCCAACUCAGGAAUUUGUGGUAAGAAAUGAUAUGGGAUGUGGGUCUACCAUAGGUCCUAUACUUGCUUCUGGAGUUGGCAUUCGGACAAUUGAUUGUGGCAUUCCUCAACUGUCCAUGCACAGGUGUUAACGAGCGUAGGAAAAGGAGGGGAAAAUAUUCCACUCGAGAGGAGUGUGAGGGAAGUAUGUGCAAAGGAGGAUGUAGAUACUGCUUACAAGCAUUUCAAGGCAUUCUACCAAAACUUUUCAAGCAUAGACAAGAAGCUACAAGUGGAUUAAAGCCACCCGAACUAUUAUUUUCAAGGAUAUGUUGUAUACAGAAAGCGUUGUAUUCUUUUUUCUUUUUUGGUUUCUUUUUCUUUUCUGAGAGAAGAGUGAGCAAUAGAUAUUGUAAGUUUAUUCAUUAAACAAAUUUUUAUUAGUAA